AGGAGUUUGAAACCGGCACGAGCGUCGUCUGGUUUUUUUCGCGUCACAGUGCUUUUACCUUUCGAGAGGUGAAUCUUUCGUUUUUUAUACUAAUUGCAAAGUCAAACAAAUCACCAAAAUGAGUAAAGCACAUCCUCCAGAGCUGAAAAAGUAUAUGGACAAAAAACUGUCACUAAAAUUGAAUGGUGGUCGGCACGUCAUUGGUAUUUUGCGAGGCUUCGACCCUUUCAUGAAUAUGGUAGUGGAUGAAAGCAUAGAGGAAUGCAAAGACGGCACUAAAAACAGCAUCGGCAUGGUGGUGAUUCGGGGCAAUAGUAUUAUCAUGAUAGAGGCACUAGAUCGAAUAUGAUUAGUUCCAUCAUUAAUUAUUGAAGCGUUUACGGGAGAUUUAAGCUAUGUGUACUAUUUAAUUUUAGUUAAACUUAUUUUGGAUCAUUCCACUUGAUUUGCUGCCAAUCAUAAUAUGAUAAUAAAACUCUAUCUUUUUUUCAACUUA